GCAAGUGUAUUAGAGUAGUUGCAAUCGGUAGUGUUACUUCUUAUCGCGAUGAACACCCUCUGUGUAGCCGUCUUCGUAGCUCUCGUAGCCGUAGCCCAUGGCAGCGGUAUUGGCUUGGGCCUUGGAGGAUUGGGUAGUGCUGCCGUUAUAGCCGGUCCUGCUGGAACCGUUACCACAGGGGGCCUUGGCGGCGCCAUCAUUGGUCCUGCCGGCAUUGCUGGUGCUGGUAUUCUUGGUCAUGGCAUUGGCGCCCCCUUGGUUACAUCCCAAGCCGCCGCUCAAUUAGCGCUUCAGUUGUCUGUUCCAGCUGGCUCUGGACUGGAAGGCCAGUGGAUCCCAGACGUCAACGAAAAAUUGUACGAUGAUGGAUCUUACAAACCACACUUGUGGUAGAGUUUAAAAUGACUGAAAAAACUACCAUCAUACAUUUUAUUUUUAAUUAAGAGAAAUAUUUGUUUCCACGUAAAUAUUUGGCUUAAUCAAAUUUCGCAAUAAAUAAUUCAUCUUUCGUU